UGACUUUGGCAGCAUAAAUAGUUGAUGAGAAUCUCUUCUUGGAGUCAGACUGCCUGAUAAUUCAUCGGUACUUCAUCCAGACUUUGAUCAGCAACACACUGCAGCAAUGAGUUUGCCUUGGAAACGGACAGAGGAUUCCACUCCAGAUGUUCAGAAGUUCUGCGAUCUGGUGAAGAAAGAUUUAGAGGAUAAGAUUGGACAGAAGUCUGUGUACAACGCCCUCACCUUCAGAGUGACUGAUACUGAAAUACAGUACAUAGCUAAGGUGCAUGUUGGAGGGAAUGAAUAUGCUCAUGUGAAAAUCUCUCAGACUCUCCCUUGCUAUGGAGAAGAAGUGAAGCUGGUUGAUUAUCAGUUUCCUAAAAAAAUGUUGGAUAUAAUCGAACCCUUCUGAAGACUUCUGAAAGCAUUAUUCUGUCCUCACAGAGCGACUCAUAAAAACACUUUUCAAUAAAGUCCUGAAGCAUAACUGUCUU